AUGGGUUUACUUUAUGAGGUUUCAACCCGUAAUAAGGCCAGUGAAAUUGAAGCACAAUUCUACUUUUCAAAACAAAAUAGUGAUGAACAUGUCGAUGGAACACUUAGGAAGCUAGACCACGGAUUAAUCAUCCCACCAUCUGUUUUCAAAAAUUUCAUGGUUGGAUCUUGCAACGGGUUGGUUUGUUAUGCUUACAACCAGAUGUUCGACAACUACUACGAUGAGACAAAAGUUUAUUUUUGCAAUCUUGUCACUGAUGAGCACAUUCAACUUCAGACUACUAUUAAAUGGAACAUCGGUACUUGUUGGAGGAAAAACACGAUUGGAUUCGGUUACGCUCGUUCUGGUAACGAGUACAAGGUUGUUAGUAUCUGCGUGGAUCCUUCGCAGCCUGCCAAUGUUCAGGUGUAUACCCUCGGGGGUGGUGGUACUGCGUGGAGAAACAAAAUGGGUGUUUUUGCGGGUGGAGCUCUUUACUGGAUGGAUCAAUCCAAUGGACUGCAACCAAAAAGGAUUCUUGCUUUUGAUUUGGAACAGGAGAGGUUUGAAUUGCACCCAUCAAUACCUUUUCUUUUAUGUGACAGUAGCUGUGUCAGGAUCAUGGAAUUGAGAGGGAAUUUGUGUCUCCUAGAAGUAGUUCCAAGUAAACAUGUCGUUAUUUGGGAGUCCACGUAUAGGAAGACUGUCAAAUGUACACAAAAACAGCACAGGGUCGACGAUUCGGAUUGGCUUAAGAAGUUUAGUAUAGCAUGGGAAGACUACGGCUGCAGGCUUGAGCCAUUUGCGCUAUCAAAUAGCGAAAAAGGUUUGUUGUGGUACAAUGUGAUUCUUUCUUGUUAUGACUCUGAAACUAAAUACUUUGAGAAAGGCAGAUGA